CUCUUCUUCCUCAUCCUACUCUACUAACUCUACCUCUCUUGCAGAACUAUCUCUCCUCUACAUCUUCUCCCUCUCUCACAGACACUAGUGUCUCUAUGAUAUAUGGCAGGCUACAGUUAUUACAGGCCACAACACAGUAGACCUACAGGAGUGGACACACGACAGCACACAGCCAGAGAGAAAGGAGCAGGAGCACAGUCUCAUGGACGAGGACUCCAGCAUGCAUGCUAAACAGUUGGAGAAGAAAGAGGCAGAGAUGAAAGCACUGGGCACUUUUUUCAAGGAGCAGUUGGAACAAGUGGAGAAGAGGAAUUUGGAUCGAUACAAGAAAACCAAGAAACAGUUCUACGACCAAGCCACAAAAUCCAAAGCUCUUGUAAAAGCGAGGAACACAGAGUCUGUGUGCAUCAACCUGCAGUCCCAGAUCCUCAACUGCUACAAGGAGAACCGGGAGCAGACAUUGCAAUGCUCUGACCUGGCCAAAACGUACAUGCAGUGCAUUGACGCAGCCAAGAAGAACCUGCUGGUAAACCAUGGAUGAAGAGCAAUGGAGAACAGCAGUGGAAAAUACUAAAACUCAUGUCCAGGAAUAGUUUUACUGAAGCACAAAAAUUGGCAGUUCCAAAUGUAGCACUCAUUCUUAUUUAGGGGCAGCGGGCUGCUUUGGUGUUAGCAUCAUGUCUUUUAUACAUUGUUUUAAGCAGACACUAUUGUACAUUUUUCAGGGUACAAUAGAUAUUUGAAAGAGGACUGACUAACUAAAGGUUUUAAGUUGUAUAUACAGUACCGGUCAAAAGUUUGGACACACCUACUCAUUCAAGGGAUUUUCUUUAUUUUUACUAUUUUCUACAUUGUAGGAUAAUAGUGAAGACAUCAAAACUAUUGUAACGAUCUUCAUCUGAGGAACAGGAAAGAUCGGAUCAAAACGCAGCGUGGUAAGUGUCCAUGUUAAUUUAAUAUCACUGAACACGAAAUACAAAAUAACCAAGUGAAACAACGAAAAUUUAAACAGUCCUGAAAGGUGACACAACACAAAACGGGAAACAACUACCCACAAACACCAGGUGGGAACAGGCUACCUAAGUAUGGUUCUCAAUCAGAGACAAUGAAAGACAGCUGCCUCUGAUUGGGAACCAUACCAGGCCAAACGCAUAGAAACCAUAGAACAAACCCAACUCCAACUCACGCCCCGACCACACAUAUGGAAUCAUGUAGUAACCAAAAUAGUGUUAAACAAAUCAGAAUAUAUUUGAAAUUUGAGAUUCUUCAAUGUAGCCACCCCUUUGCCUUGUUGAUAGCAUUACACACUCUUGGCAUUCUCUCCACCAGCUUCACUUAGAAUGCUUUUCCAACAGUCUUGAUGAAGUUCCCACAUAUGCUGAGCACUUGUUGGCUGCUUUUCCUUCACUCUGCGGUCCAAAUCAUCCCAAACCAUCUCAAUUGGGUUGAGGUCGGGUGAUUGUGGAGGCCAGGUCAUCUGAUGCAGCCCUCCAUCACUCUCCUUAUUGGUCAAAUAGUCCUUACACAGCCUGGAGGUGUGUUUGGUCAUUGUCCUGUUGAAAAACAAAUGAUGCGCACACCAGAUGGGAUGGUGUAUUGCUGCAGAAUGCUGUGGUAGCCAUGCUGGUUAUUAAGUGUACUCUGAAUUCUAAAUAAAUCACUGACAGUGUCACCGACAAAACACCCCAACACCAUCACACCUCCUCCUCCAUGCUUCACGGUGCUUCCCAUGCUUCCCAGGAAUCCCUGUUCGACAAUAAAUGUUUGUUUUGUUCGAUAAAGUCCAUAAUUUAUGUCCAAAUACCUCCUUUUUGUUCGCGGAUUUAUUUCACAAAUCCAGAUUCACGAGGCGCAGGCACUUAGUCCAGAUGAAAAGUCAAAAAAGUUAUAUUACAGUUCGUAGAAACAUGUCAAACGAUCUAUAGAAUCAAUCUUUAGGAUGUUUUUAACAUAAAUCUUCAAUAAUGUUUCAACCGGACAAUUCCUUUGUCUUUAGAAAUGAAACAGAACGCAGCUCGCUCUCACGGCCGCGCGCAUGACUUAGCUCAUGGCAUUCUGCCAGACCUCUUCGUCACACAGCUCUUAUUCGCUCCCCCUUCACAGUAUAAGCCUGAAACAAGGUUCUAAAGACUGUUGACAUCUAUUGGAAGCCUUUAGGAAGUGCAAUCGGACCAUCUUGGAUGCGCAAAGACUUGAAAACCUACAAACCUCAGAUUUCCCAUAUUUUUGCCAUAUGAGUUCUGUUAUACUCAUUCAAACAGUUUUAGAAACUUCAGAGUGUUUUCUAUCCAAAUCUAUAUGCAUAUCUUAGCUUCUGGGCCUGAGAAGCAGGUAGUUUACUCUGGGCACCUUAUUCAUCCAAGCUACUCAAUACUGCCCCCCAGCCGUAAGAAGCUAACACUUUUUUGGUUAUUACAUGAUUCCAUAUGUGUUUUUUUAUAGUGUUGAUGUCUUCACUAUUAUUCUACAAUGUAGAAAAUAGUAAAGAAUAAAGAAAACCCUUGAAUGAGUAGGUGUUUCCAAACAUUUGACUCGUACUCUAUAUAUACUUUUAAAAAUAUAUUAUCAGGCAAUCCUGACCAUUAAUUUAUCAGGCUUAUAUUAUAUUACUUCCUUGAUGUCAUUCAUUAAAUAAUAUCCAUAUGCUAAUGUAUGUCUGAUUCUUGGUUUGGCUAUAGCUAUAGCUGUACUUGUGACUAUAUCCAUCCGCGCAUUUUAUUUUCUUUGUAAACAUAGAAAGAAACACAUGUCUUUAUAGUAAU